AGACACGAGAAAGGGGGUAGGACAGCUGACAUCGAAAAGGAAAGCAGAUCCACAACAAAACAUUCUACCCACAUUUUUCAAACCCAUGUAGAUUCCCGAAUCGACAUAAAUCGAGCAAUCAUAACCUACAAGAAGCAUGGAGAGGAAAAGGUGGGUUUGUAUGACUUGUUCGAAUGAGUUGUAAGAAGGACAAGUAGCUAAGUAAAAAAGACGGUAGCUAGCUAAUGUUAGCUGGUCUGCAGCAGGGAAAGCAUGUCUCUAGCUAGCUAACAUUGUUUCUCGAUGGAGUAGGCGGGACGCUAACUAGCCACUAAAGUAAGACAUCGUACACGUAGCUAACUGUCUACCAAAAAGUUAAAUGAUCAGUGUCUACAGAUUGCGUCAAAUUUGAUAAGUAACCAUUAGAUAGCAAACGAUAAGUCAUUGUCGAUUGCUAACGUUAGCUUGCUAGCAAACGUCAGCUCCCCGCACACUUGUCAACAAAUGUGCAAGUAACGUUAGCAUUGGGAGUUAGCGUAGCUAUCUGUUACAAGUCUUUGUUUACAUUUGUGUAAAUUGAUUCACAUUAUGUGGACUUUAUAAUGCAGUAUUGUGGGUACGGUGCUAUGGGUUAACUACGACAGUAGCUAGCUAACUUUCAUUGUUUACUACAAUGCAGGGGUGAAAGUAAGGCGGUGCAAUACGGCGUCCCGGCAAAAUAAAUAGUUGGGGUACGCCAUACCGGUAAAACGUGAGCCGAUCACAAUUAAAACACGCCCAAAAAACUAUAGGCUACUACACCAGUAUUUAACAUUACUGCAUGUAAGCCCCAUGAAACAUUUGCGAAUUGACUGGAAACUGGGUGGUAUACUGUCCAAAUUGCGUUGUGGUUUGAGGAGAACGCUUACAUUUUGUCAAGGCCGAGAUGAGUUGCGGAGACGCUCGCGGACAAGGCAGAGAUUAGUGGCCGAGACCGAAGCGUGCGUGGACAACCGUGAAUGCAUAAAUUCAGGCUAACGUUACAAGUGUGUCUCUUUCCAUUGAUUAAAUUUCUUUCCAUUUAUGAAAUUGCGGGUGCACAGUGCACUGUUGGGGUUUGGAUGUUGAAAUUAAUUUGUGAGUGGACGAAUGUGCGCGGGUAGCCUACAGCAGCGCCUUUGUUAAGUGAUUGUUUGACAAUCAGAUGAAAACAUUAUGACUGGUUGUGUUUAUGCCACAUUAAAAAGCAUAGCCGGCGUGUCCAUAAGUCUAGGGGAAGCUUUCCCUAAAGUGAAUUAAAAUAAACUGCCAAAAUUAUAUCGCCUAAUUAGCUUACUCCUGUCUAUACCGAAAUGAAUAAAAUCAUUCAAAAUAGGCUUCUACACCAGAAAGCAUGAUUUGGCCACAAAGGGUCAUUAACUUUUUUUAUGCAGUGGAUUGUUUUAAAUUGCAUAGCAUACAGUCGGAAGGGACCGCAAUUUGGGCAGUGCGCACUUCAAAUACCAAAAUAGAUGAUUGUUGAGUUGCUACUGUCAGUGAAAAGCAGAGACCCAGCCAGGCAUAUCUCGAACAAACUGUUUGGAAAGCAAAUGGCUAUUGCUCCAAAGAGAUGACAAUGAAAAGACUCCAAUCCGUCUUUUAGUUAUCAAAAUUCUUAACUUAAUGGAGCACCAGCUGAGAACAUCUGCCAUAUCCCCUGUGAGAAGUGUCAGUGACACUUUAUUAUAUUUUAUUUUUUGGACAAUACUUUCCUCCUCCAGGUUAGAUGGAUGUCACAUUGUAUUUGUGUCUCCCCCUUUAGUAGGCCAAUUAUAUGGAUCAGACAUCGUUUUUAUUGAUCUGUUUGUCAGUGUCAGCAGAGUAGCCUACCCUGUAAUUUUUGUAGUAUAAAAAAAAUGCGUGCAGGCACUUGGGUGUCCCACACCGGUAAGAAAUUAAAUCUACUUUCACCCCCGCUACUAUGGUUGUUUUGCAGGCUGAGGCUCUCUGAUGUUUUUUUCCUGAUGGCCUGUCUUCCUGCCCCUUUAGUGACCCUGGAAAGAGAUUCCUGAGCAAACCCCAACUAGCUCGUUACCUGGGCAACACCAUGGAGGUGCACGCCAUUGACCCCCGUGCUGGAAGGAUGCUAACGAACAAGCUGCACAGGAACAGGCACAAGCAUCGCUAUGACAACAACAACCAUCAGAUCAAGGUGAGAGGGAGUUUGAGUCCAGGAUAAUGUGUAAUCUGUUUGACCUUUGAUCCCUGACCUGUUUCUCUGUCUGUGUUGAAGGUCAAGCCGGACCUGAACACGACCCUACCAGUCCGACAGACAGCAUCCAUCUUUAAACAGCCUGUCACCAAGGUGACAAAUCACCCUAGCAACAAAGUGAAGACAGACCCCCACAAGGCUGUCGACCAACCAAGACAGGUGAGACCAACGAUGCUCUGCGCUUAUUGGUUGUGAUGUAAUGAUACUGUAAUGUUAUUUCUUUAAUUGCUGCCAUAUGGUUGGUAGAUGAAGUCAUCUACUCUGGCCUAGCCCUUGGAAACGUAUUAUUGCAAAUUGGAUGAGUCGCUCGAUUUAACAAGCUUACUUAAAUGUCCAAUGCAGCCGUGUUUAUCUCAAUAUCAAAUCAAUUCUGGGUAACAGUUAAGUACCUUACUGUGAUUGUUUUCAAUUAAAAUAGUCAAAAAGAAACAAAUAGCUUCUUACCAAAGAGUAAUUUCUCAAUAAAUAAUUUUGUUAGGAGUGGUCUGAGUGAGGGGCCUAAUUGGACGAGCCUAAUGGGAGGGAUAUGUAACCUGAAAACUAGCUGUUAGAGAGGUUGAACUCUAUGUUAUUGGUCUAUUGACUUAUAUCGCCUGGUGACGUCACCAGGCAGACCAAGAUUCUAUCUCACCAAAACAGGCUGACAUUUCUGGCUGUAUUUUCAAACACUAAAAGGGCAUUAUCAUCAUUUUCAAAAUGUUCAGUGGAAAUAUAUAUAAAACACAGGAAAAUCACUUUUUUGACUGUACUGGGCCCUUUGAUCUUAAUCAAAGCUUGUUAAAUCCUUCCUGUAAUGUGGCUAAACAUUUUGAGUUGUUCUGGGUGGCAGCAAUAAAAACAUGAAUUUCCAUGAAUUAUGAAGCACAUCAUUAUGUGAUGCGUUUAAAGUCAAAUGGAUAGCUGUUGUUUACACACUGUGUGUUUGUCCUCAGCUGUUUUGGGAGAGGAAACUGAGUGGUCUGAGUGCGUUUGACAUCGCAGAGGAGCUGGUCAAGACCAUGGACCUUCCCAAGGGCCUACAGGGUAAGUACACACGGCAGAGAGUACUUGAGACUCAUACACAUAAAACCAGUGUUUUGGGAUUUUAUGUGUGUUUUUUUUAUAUCUGACCCUGUGAAUCUCCCCCCAGGUGUUGGGCCUGUGUGUUCAGACAAGACCCUGCUCUCUGCCAUUGCCAGCGCCCUGCACACCAGCCCCACACCCGUCACUGGUCAGCUGACUGCAGCCGUGGAGAAGAACCCUGGUGUGUGGCUCAACACCACCCAGCCACUCUGCAAGGCCUUCAUGGUUACUGAUGACGACAUCAGGUAGAGUACACAUACAUGACCCUGUGGUGUGGCUCAACACCACCCAGCUACAGUGGGGCCUUGUUGUUAAAGGGAUAGUUCACCCAAAUUACAAAAUGACACAUUGGUUUCCUUACCCUGUAAGCAGUCAAUAGACAAGGUAUGACAGCAAUCCAUGCUUUGGUUUAGUAUGCCUGGCACUGUUUCCACAUGCUAACGUUAUAGCAUUAGUGGCACAAAUCCCAGCUAUGGGACCGAUAUUAGCAUUUUUUGCGCAUCAUGUCCAAAUCAUCUGAAAUAAUCUAAAAUUGAUUGUGAAGCUCAACAUAGUCACUUAUAGAUGAUUUUAACAUGAUGUGUGAAAAAUGUGCCACACGUCAUGUUCAAAUAUGUUAAGCUUCACAAUCAAUUUGAGAUUCUUUCUGCUAAUUUGGACAUAGUGUGCAAAAAAUGCUAAUAUCGGUCCCAUGACUGGGAUUUGUGCCACUAAUGCUAAAACGUUAGCAUGUGGAAACAGUGCCCGGCAAACUAAACCAAAGCAUUGGAUUGCUGUCAUACCUUGUCCAUAUACUGCUUACAGGGUAAGGAAACCAAUAUGUCAUUUUGUAAUUUGGUUUAACUAUCCCUUUAAGCCACGAGGACUGUCAUCCAUCCAUUGCUCCCUAACCCCUCUCCUCUCUCUCCCUCUGUGGUAUAUGUAGGAAGCAAGAGGACCUGGUCCACAGUGUGAGGAGGAGGUUGGAGGAAGCGCUGAUGGCGGACAUGUUGGCUCACAUAGAGGCCUCCACCAACGAGGCAGACACAGACGCUCUGAAGGAGGAACAAGCCGAGCAGGAUGACAAGGAGGACGUAUAGCAGAGGUACAGCAGAGCAGUAUAAUGUAGAAAUGAAAUAGAUAGAGGUUACUUUGUCUUUAAGAAAUGGUCUAGGUUCUGUUGUGUGGGUUUGUUAGUAAUACUUUAUGUAGCGAGAUAACGGGUUUAAACGUUUACGUAAUUCUGUCAUUACCGGUAGUAACAUGCUACAGAUGAAAAACCUAUUGAUUUUUCUCUCUCCUACAGGGUUGGUGAAUGCUACAGAGAGCUGCCUUGAACACAGUAUUCUACCCAUACACACCCAUACACAUACAGGACAUUCACCAGGAUCUGACUAGCAUCUGUCAACAUGAAGGACCCUCUCUCGUCUACGUCUGUCUGUCUGGAAGACUGUCAACAACAAUUCAAUCUAAAUAUAGUUUUGACCAAUUUAAAUGCAAUUUUGAAAUAUGUUUUUAAGCCCUUGGACAAGGCUUUGACGUUCAGAGUUCAAUUCAAUUCACAAAUGUUUACCCUCUAAUUGUAUGGAAUGUGGAGAAGUAUGUAUGGUGCUUUAGGCAAUAUAGUCUUGCCCUCUUGUGAACACAAGUUUAAGGUUAAAACACAGAGUUAAUAUGUGUUUGUCUGUGCACGUUUGUCUGCGUGCAUGUGUCUACACGAGAGAGGAGAGGGAAAAGAGUGUGUGUUUUUGGGAGGGGGAGAGUGUGUGUUUGUGGGGCACCACUCGGCCCAUUCCAUUUGAACGGUUCCAUCUGUCUCUGUCUUGUGUUGCUCUGCUACCACUCAGUAUCCUUUGCCCAAGUGGAGAAUUAGUGGGUGGUUCGAGGGGUGCAGAUUGGGCAAGGGACCACAUGCUGUAAGAUGACGGUUGGAGGCUCAAAGCGGACUUUGCAAAAGACAACCUAAUGUGUCAGAAAUCAGUCAUAGAUAAGCAUGCAUCAUAUGAUCUGAUAUAGGUUAUAGGAUAUAUCCUAUGGCUCUUGUUAUCCCUAACAAAUAAUUGGGUUCUGUGUUCUCCAUACUGUCUUCUGGACGGUCAUGAGGAGUGGUGCUCUCUGCACAGAGGUUGAACAGGCUCUCAUGACUCAAACUCUCCUAUAAGUUCAAAAUGGUGCUAAUUUUGUCUGGUCUCAUCUUUCUAGAUGUAUUUGCUUUCAUGUUACAUUGAUGAACUGUCAAUAGGUGCGACGGCUGACGUAGACGGCUACUCUGAAAUAGUUGCCUAUUUGGGAUUUUGUAUUUUUUGUUGUUUGAAAACGUUGCUGUGUGGCAAGUCACAAUUAUUCCAUAGUUAUUUAACAUUGGUUGUUUUAAUAGGUUUUAAGUGCUGACAUUUUCCCCUAAACUUGUUCUUGAUUUGAGUUAUGAAUGGGAAGAUCAUUCACUGUCAGAAUGAUCCCCCCAUGAGAUGUUAUUGUUCAAAUUAUGCUUUAUGGUUAAAAACCUUUGUUUCCAUAGAGGGAUUUGUUACCAUUUUCUCUUGUAAUUUGAGGUCAAACAUCAAGCAAUUCAUUCUGGAUGAUUAUUUUUUUCCUAUAACUAAAAUAAAUGCAAACUCUUUUGUAA